AUGUCGUCGCUUCUUACUGCAAGUACUCAACCACUUCGAGAGAUAUCUGACCAAGGAAAACGUGUCUUAAAUGGGCGUAUAUGCAGUAGUUUAAUUAGCAGCAAGAGACCAGUUCAAUUGGCUGACAGAAACACAGGAGAGAGAAAAAGAUCAGAUGGCAUCAUCCUCUCUUCCUUCCUUCUCCUUGCUGUUCUUCUUGCGUUGGUCUCAUGGCAGGCCACUGCCUCCGAUCCUAGCCCCCUCCAGGACUUUUGUGUCGCCGACAUGAAUUCACCAGUACGUGUCAAUGGGUUUGUUUGCAAGAACCCAAUGGAGGUCAACGCUGAUGACUUCUUCAAGGCAGCCGCCCUCGACAAGCCUAGGGUGACCAACAAGGUUGGAUCCAACGUCACUUUGAUCAACGUCAUGCAGAUUGCUGGACUCAACACCCUCGGCAUCUCAAUUGCGCGCAUCGACUAUGCUCCCUUGGGUCAAAACCCACCACAUACGCACCCUCGCGCCACUGAGAUCCUCACGGUGCUCGAGGGGACACUGUACGUUGGCUUUGUCACAUCCAACCAGCCCGCCCCAAACAGAAACAAGUUCCUCUCCAAGGUGCUCAACAAAGGUGAUGUGUUCGUCUUUCCCGUGGGGCUCAUCCACUUCCAAUUCAACCCCAACCCCCACAAGCCCGCCGUUGCAAUUGCCGCGCUCAGCAGCCAGAACCCAGGGGCUAUCACAAUUGCCAAUGCGGUGUUUGGGUCAGACCCACAAAUAUCCGAUGAUGUUCUUGCCAAGGCGUUUCAGGUGGAAAAGAAUACAAUAGACUGGCUCCAGGCUCAGUUCUGGGAGAACAACCACAACUAAGUGAAACGUUGGCUGAUUACAUGGAGGACCAGUGCGCAAAUUAGGGACAGUUUGAGUUUGUAGAUAUGCAUCCUAAUCUAUAAAAUAAAUGGAGCAUAUGUCAUCCCAUUGUUGUGUCUGUAAUGAGUGAAUUUAUUUCUACCUUCUGAAUAAUUGACAAUAUCAUUUUUUUAUCA